AAGAAUAAUCAGAAUCUGACAGGCUCUGUGACCGGUGCCUAUCGUGCGGCUGCUUGUGCCUGCGCUUGCGCCUGCGCAUCGACUCAGUCGUUCGAUCAAUUUCACAUGUGAAAGAUUCAUCGUCUCGACCGCAACAUUUCUUCCCUCCGCCAUUGCCCGUUAUCCCAUACCAAUUGGGCACAACAGGACGUGCCAGCUUGCACUCUAACUCUUCUCUUAGUCUCCUGUGUGCCUGCGGGUUUUGGAACUCUGCUUAUCGAGCCUAGUGCCCUGCAUUCACAGCUUCAGCCGCUUCCACAGACACCGGUCCCAACAGAUCUAUAUCGCAUCAUCCAGUCAGAUCAACCUCACUUCACCUUCAUCUCCUCCCGCAUGGCACGUUAUGCCCUUCAUCCUUGAACUGUUUUCGCUCGAAUCAUCGUUUGCGUCUAGUGGGUUGCUUCACUGAGGCUUUUCAUCGAGUACACCCGACCGCACAUCCAUUCACUCGCGAAGAUCUCCCAGCUCCCUUCGAAACCGCCAGCAUUGCCCCCGUUGCUAUCGCUGGUUGGGGUAGCUACUCUUCCAUCCCAAGGCAGCUCCAGGGUGGUUUGGAGGCGGCCGAGGUGGUGCUUGGUUGAUGUUGGCGACCCAAAGGAUGUCGUCCCAUGGCGGACAGCAGAACUUCCCGUUUGGCUAUCAACAGGAGAACAUUCAUGGCCUGGGCUUGCCCGAAUUCAUGAACCCUGGGCCUCCUCCGGGCCAGCCAUUACUCAAUGCCCAUGAGAACCAAGACCUGGACAAUUUCUUUCACGACUUCGAUCAAAAUGCCGCUGUCGCCAAACACCCGACGCCCUCCGAUUUCAAUAUGCUGGCCGGUUCGCAGCAGUACUUUGCCAUGCCACCUAUGUUCGUUGGUUCCGAGACCGGGAUGGGCCAAAGAUUUGUCGUCGACCCGCGUCAAUUUCCGGGAGCUGGGCUCCCGUACUCUGCUGGAAUGAUGGCGCCAGAUAUGAACAUGGUCAAACAUGCAGAUACAAUGGCUAGUGGCAUGCCGGCGACCGCCUAUAGUGAUGGUUAUGCCCAUCCUCUGAUUACCCAACUCCAGACUGCUGCCUCAAUGGAGCCGGCUUUUGGUCCUGGUUGGCAACAGCAACAGCCUUUCCCAGCCCAGGCGAAUAUGAACAUGCAGCAGCUACCAGCUCGACAGGGCGUGGCUUUCGGCACUGACUCCCGCUUCCAACCCAGCGGAUAUGCCGCACCAAACAAUCUGUUGGAUCCUGAUAUGCCGGCAGCCAUGCAGACGCAUCCUUUAGAUUGGUUCCAGCCAGCUAGUGCAAGCACCACUCAGCCCAACACUCAGCCAAACACUCGACCUAAUACACAACCUUCGAGUCCGAAUUGGUCGAAGAAAAGGACAUUUGAUGAGUUUCAUGCAGACCAGAAUCCUCGGAAUGACGUGUCUCAAAGCGGCCACAGCCAACAAGCUGCCAUGGCGCAGCCUUCUAAAUCACAAACAAAUGCACGGAGGAAACGUAGUUCUGUUGUGAAGCACGAACAACCGGCAUCAUCUUCUCAGCAAGCCACUCCCCUGACAACUGGCAAACCACAUACACCACUUAAAGUGGAAGGACAGGCUGUGGAUGAAAGUAAUCAUGGCCUCAACGUAGAGGGAGAAGAAGAGGAUGACGAAGACGUCAAUGAUGGUGCUGCUACAGAACCCGAAGCCAAAUCGCCCUCACCUGCACCCUGGCCCUCCAAUAAAGCCCGCCCACCUCGAAAUCCAAAUCCUCCUCCUCCGAAAGGGUCUCGCAAGAAGAAGGCCAGUGUAAGUUCGGCGAAAUCGAAAACCCCACGGGCUUCUUCGGGGGGCAGGCAGAUCACACCUUCUACUCGAGUGCCUCUCACGUUAGAACAGAAAAAGGCAAAUCAUACAAACUCGGAGCAACGUCGUCGCGAUGCCACGGCCCGAGCAUAUGCCGAACUCUAUGAUCUGGUGCCUGAAUUGGAAGACAUGGGCAAGCAGAGUACCAUGAAGAAGCUGGAAGUGGUGGUUGCAAAAGUCCAACGGGUGAAACAAAGCGUGGAAAUGUUGAGCGCGAGAUUAGGUGUUGAGCCUUUGACUGGUCGACGAGUCGGUCCUAGUGGGACGGCGUCCUUGCUGCACAGUGAUGUUCAAUGGCAACAAUGAUAAUGAUAAUGAAGACGAGUCAUGAAAUUGGCAUUGGCACACCCGGCACACGCCCUGGUGUCUCUCUGCGUUCACGCCAGCACUGGACAACAGGACAUUCUCGCUCUGGCACCGGUCACGUCUGCGGCCCAGGGUUUAAAAGACGAAGUAUCACGGCCGAGAAUUGCGCCCGAGAUGAUGGAUCAUAAAGAAACUCACGACGACAUCAAGUCUGGUGCUUGUGUGUGCAGCGUGGAUGACGACCCGAAAGACUCGACUCGUCAUACCAUUCACAUAUCCCCUUCCCACUCACUCAUACCUUUCAUUUUUAUCAGAGAUACCCCAUCACAUCAUUUUUUGGCAGCUGGCGAAGGACUUCACCUCAAUCUCAACUUACUGUAUCUCAAGUUAUUACAUAUCAGUUCAUCUCAGCUCAGCUCACCUUCAUGACUUGGUUUGACGCGGUACGACACGGCACAGCACGACCUAUUUGGAGCACCAUCAGCGUCACGGACAAAUCAAAUCAAAUCGAUCGAAAACAGUCAAUCAUGAUGGCUAUGGCAAAUAAGGCUACUAGUAUCUAAUGCAGUGGAUGAUGAUAAAAAGAAAUACAACAAAGGGGAAGGGCUUGGCUUAUCGGUGAUAUGAGGAUGAAUGAGUGGAAGUUAUUCUGGCAUGACAGUGACAAAGAGAUACUACGAACGAAUCCAAUUACAUAUUAACUAAGUCAACAGAAAGAUGAGAUUUUUGAGCUUGAUGCUAGUGGAUUAUUUAUUACAGGAAAGUAGAUUCAUGAUCCUAAAAAGCUCUGUGUUUCAUUCCGACACCUCAUUCCACUUUGGGCACCUCAUGUUUAUACCUACCGAGGUAUGUACUAGUACUGUGAUGAACCAUGCGAGAAUCUAAAUGGACUUGAGUCUGACCCCUUCAGGACAUUAACGUCUGUAAUCUACUUCACUCCAACCACCCGACUCAGGUACCUAUUUAUGGAUCUCAACUGAAUGCUUCAGCACAUUCACAUCCAACCUAAUGUUUGUGCGCGGUCUCGUAACAUGGUCGCAAGAAGGUUGGAAGAGGGCCCGG